AUGGGAUCUAACAACCAUCAGCUCCUCCCAGAUGAUGAGUUCGAAACCAAUAUCCAUGCCGAAGUGAAAGGAAUUCGCGCGAAGAUCAAUGAAAAGGUUGUUUGCGAGCGUGCCUCAAAACUAAACGGUGGCCGAAAAUGCGAGAUUGAACACCCGCCAGCGUGGGGACGCCGAUCCCUCAUGGGUUGUGCCAACUAUCAUGCUCACAUUCGCUUUCCCGCUGAUGACUCUGUUUGGCUCCUUCGAGUACUUCGAAUUAGCCCUCAAUCGCUUGCCGACUACCUCAUUCACAGCGAAUACGCCAACCUCAAAUUUCUCGAAACGAUCAAUGUACCUGCUCCGCGAUCGUUUGAUUAUGGCCUCGCCAGCGACGAGAACAACAACGUGGGUGUUAGUUAUAUCCUUAUGGAACAAAUGGCGGGCAAACAGUGGAUUAUGCAGGGACCGCACGGGAAGCGCUUUACAGACGAUAAAGACAAGGAGAGGGUGUCGAAGGGCUUGGCGGAUAUUCUGAUUGAGAUCCAGCGACAUCCAUUUUCCAAAGCGGGAUCUCUUCUCCUAGGCCCUUCACCUUCAGAGCCGAUAGUCUCUGCUGUUGCCAGUGAACGAUUCCUUGUUUUGAGUCCUUCUGGACCUUUUGAUACCGCGAGCGACUACUACACUUCAUUCGUGGAGCAAAACAUGGCGCUCAUUGCUGAUGGUCAACUUUUCACAUCCUACCCUGUCAAUGCCUAUCCGGUAUUUUCAUUCUUGAAAUCUCAGAUCCAGGCUCUUGCAGCGAUCCCGGUCAAUGGUGCACCGGCCACCACGGAGCAAUUCUAUAUCAAGCAUGUGGAUGAUAAAGGAGACCACCUGAUGAUGGAUGACGAGCUGAAUAUCGUUGGGAUCAUAGAUUGGCAAAUGGCUCGCGUAGUCCCUGCCAGAGAAGCGUUUGGACCGUCUUUGGUGACGGCAGAAAUGGGUGAUAUUACAACGGAGAGUCGUCCUUGA